GUAGCACGUCCGGUCACCGCCCUCUUCAGAGGACAGACAUCUCCUUCCUGUUUGGUAACUGACAGCAGGUCUGGGACAGGUAGCACGCCCGGUCACACCGCCCUCUUCAGAGGACAGACAUCUCCUUCCUGUUUGGUAACUGACAGCAGGUCUGGGACAGGUAGCACGUCCGGUCACACCGCCCUCUUCAGAGGACAGACAUCUCCUUCCUGUUUGGUAACUGACAGCAGGUCUGGGACAGGUAGCACGUCCGGUCACACCGCCCUCUCCAGAGGACAGACAUCUCCUUCCUGUUUGGUAACUGACAGCAGGUCUGGGACAGGUAGCACGUCCGGUCACACCGCCCUCUCCAGAGGACAGACAUCUCCUUCCUGUUUGGUAACUGACAGCAGGUCUGGGACAGGUAGCACGUCCGGUCACACCGCCCUCUUCAGAGGACAGACAUCUCCUUCCUGUUUGGUAACUGACAGCAGGUCUGGGACAGGUAGCACGUCCGGUCACACCGCCCUCUCCAGAGGACAGACAUCUCCUUCCUGUUUGGUAACUGACAGCAGGUCUGGGACAGGUAGCACGUCCGGUCACACCGCCCUCUCCAGAGGACAGACAUCUCCUUCCUGUUUGGUAACUGACAGCAGGUCUGGGACAGGUAGCACGUCCGGUCACACCGCCCUCUUCAGAGGACAGACAUCUCCUUCCUGUUUGGUAACUGACAGCAGGUCUGGGACAGGUAGCACGUCCGGUCACACCGCCCUCUUCAGAGGACAGACAUCUCCUUCCUGUUUGGUAACUGACAGCAGGUCUGGGACAGGUAGCACGUCCGGUCACACCGCCCUCUCCAGAGGACAGACAUCUCCUUCCUGUUUGGUAACUGACAGCAGGUCUGGGACAGGUAGCACGUCCGGUCGGGGGAAACCGCCCUUUCCAGAGGACAGACAUCUCCUUCCUGUUUGGUAACUGACAGCAG